AUGGCCGACUCCAAGGUGAAGGACAUGGGUCUGGCCGAGUUCGGCCGCAAGGAGCUGACGCUGGCAGAGCACGAGAUGCCUGGCCUCAUGGCCGCGCGCAAGGAGUUCGGCCCCUCGCAGCCAUUCAAGGGCAUGAACAUCAACGGCUCCCUGCACAUGACCAUCCAGACAGGCGUGCUGAUCGAGACGCUGUCCGCCCUGGGUGCCAAGGUGCGCUGGUGCUCGUGCAACAUCUUCAGCACCCAGGACCACGCUGCGGCCGGCAUCGCCAAGGCGGGCACCGCCACGGUCUUCGCGUGGAAGGGUGAGACUCUUCCGGAGUACUGGUGGUGCACCGAGCAGAUGAUGACCGUGCCAGGAGCCGAUGGCUGCGACCAGCUGGUGGACGACGGCGGAGACGCCACUCUGCUCAUCCACAAGGGCAAGGAGUUCGAGGAGAAGUUCGCCAAGGACGGCAGCCUGCCGGACCCCUCCAGCACCACCAAUGCCGAGUUCAAGUGCAUCCUGCAGCUGCUCAGGGAUUCGAUCCAGGUGGACAAGACCAAGUACACCCGCAUGGCGGCCAAGUGCAAGGGCGUCAGCGAGGAGACAACUACUGGCGUGCAUCGCCUGCGAGAGAUGGCGGCCAAGGGCGAGCUCCUGUUCCCGGCCAUCAACGUCAACGACUGCGUGACCAAGUCCAAGUUCGACAACGUCUACGGCUGCCGCCACUCCCUGCCGGACAGCAUCAUGCGUGCCACGGACGUGAUGAUCGGCGGCAAGCGCGCGCUGGUCGCUGGCUACGGCGAUGUCGGCAAGGGCUGCGCCUUCGCCAUGCGCGGUGCCGGUGCUCGAGUGCUGAUCACGGAGAUCGACCCCAUCUGCGCCCUGCAGGCGUGCAUGGAGGGCUUCCAGGUCGUGACCCUCGAGGAGGUCGUUGGUGAGGUGGACAUCUUCACAUCCGCCACGGGCAACUUCAAGAUCAUCACCCUUGAUCACAUGAAGAAGAUGAAGAACAACGCCAUCGUGUGCAACAUUGGCCACUUCGACAACGAGAUCGCCAUGGAGGACCUCGAGAAGUGCGCUGGCAUCAAGGUGGAGAACAUCAAGCCGCAGGUCGACCGCUUCGUGUUCCCGGAUGGCCACGGCGUCAUCGUGCUGGCCUCCGGCCGCCUGGUGAACCUGGGCUGCGCCACGGGCCAUCCCUCCUUCGUGAUGUCCUGCUCCUUCACCAACCAGGUGCUGGCUCAGCUGGACAUCCUGGAGAACUGCACCAAGGCCAAGAAGUACAAGAACGACGUGUACCUGCUGCCCAAGAAGCUGGAUGAGAAGGUGGCCGCACUCCACCUCCCAGCGCUGGGCGCCAGCAUGACCAAGCUGAGCAAAGAGCAGGCCGACUACAUCGGCGUGCCGGUUGAGGGGCCUUUCAAGCCAGACACGCCCGCCUGGAAGUGGAUCCCAAAUGGUGAGACGGACGAGUCCGUGGUAUGCCUUCAACAGCUGCUGAAAGAUGGUCAAGUCUUGCUGGAUGAUGGCGUCUUCGCCAACUCUGAUGACCUUGAUCUACAGCUGGUUCUGCGUCCCAGCUUGGAUGAAACCGGAGCUGCUCGUGAGCUCACCUACGCGGCCCAGGCAGGACACGUUGAGAUCGCGCGCUUGCUGCUAGAGGCAUCUGAGCAGAGCUUCCGGGACCGAUACGUCCUCACCGCUUUGCUGCUUGCGGCCGAUGGAGGUCACGUCGCCAUGGCUGAGAUGCUGCUGGAACUGGGCGCUCUCAAGCACUCCGAGGCUUUGUGGAGCAACGGACGCCCGGGCCAUGUCGACAUGCCUCAAUAUCUCGUAGAGGCCGGUGCAGAGAGGAGCGUGUAUGCAACCGGUGCAGAGAGGAAAGUGUGGGUCCCCGGCCAGACACCUCUUCUACGAGCAUCUGCCAAGGGCCACCUCGAGUUGGUCCAGUUGCUGGUGCAAGCGCGUGCCGAUCCGAACUCACGAGACAGUUUUGGCCAAGGCCCUUUGCAACAUGCGUGUACACACAGCCGCGUGGCGAUUGUGGACUUCUUGCUGCAAAGCCGGGCCGUGCCAAACGUGAGCAGCGGGCGCACACCCUUGACCAUCGCAGCUGAGUCAGGCAACGCAGCUAUCGUCCGACUGCUUCUGGUGGCCCGCGCUCAGCCGCAGGCAGCCUCAACAGACGUAGCGACCGUGUGCGGCGCCACGACCUUGUGCAUCAACACGCCGCUCGUCGUUGCCUGCCAGAGUGGUCACGCCGAGGUGGUAGGCCUGCUGCUGGAAGCUGGUGCGGACAAGAACGCAAAGGGAGGCGUUCAAGGGAGGCCGCCGCUGGUUUGCGCAUCCGAGAAAGGCUGUGUUGAUGUCGUGCGCCUGCUGUUGGAAGCUGGUGCGGCCACAGAUCUCACGAACGAGGAUGGUCGAACAGCCCUAAUGUCCGCUUGUGUUUCUCGGAAGGUUUCUCGCAGCCAGCAUAUUACGCACUUGCUUUUGAAAGCCGGUGCGAACCCGGACUUGCAGGAUACUGCCGGCAACACAGCUCUGUUUUUGGCUUCCGAGCGCGGCUGUGUUGCGAAAGUGCGUCUGUUGCUAGAAGCUGGUGCUGACAGGAACUUGCAGAACAAGGUGGGGCAAACGGCCCUCUUCCGUGCAUCAAAUCGGCGCCUUCCUGAGAUUGUAGCUUUACUCCUAGACGCCCGUGCAGACGCAGACGUGAAGACUUCUGUUGGCGAGACGGCUCUACUCUGUGCAGCUCACAAGGGUCACGCGGAGCUGGUGGGGUUGCUUUUGGGGGCGAGGGCUGAUAUGAACGUACGGAACUCCGGCGGAACGCCUCUUGUUCAUAGCUGUGAUAAGGGGCAUGCGCAAGUCGCUCGCUUGCUUGUGGAGGCUCGUGCGAAUCUGGACCUGCAGGGCAGUUGCGGCCAAACAGCUCUGCUUCGUGCAUCCGGCCAUGGAAAUGUUGAGAUCGUGCGAUUGCUCUUGCAAGCUGGCGCGAACACGGAGGUGGCCGACAGUCGUGGCUCAACCGCCUUGCAACCCUAA